AUGGCGAACGGCAACCUCUCGCAUUCGAUGCGGGAGAAUUACGGUACGCACGGCGUCGCAGAGUACUACAAGAUCGUCCAGGAGUCGUAUCGAAAUCCUCACUUUCCUGGCCUGAAGAAGGUGCUCGCCCAGUUUCUGGACCGAUAUGUUGCACAGGAGAAGCCAAAGGGCAUCAAGGUGCUGGAUCUUGCUGCGGGAUCGGGCGAAGCAACCGAGGCCAUACUCGCGUGGAAAGCUUCUCGAUGGCCAAAGGCGGACGGAAAGACUGUUGCGGGAGUACAGUCAGCGCGAUUACCUGAAGGAGGCGCACCAACGCUAAUCCCCCCGCCCGCAACCUCGCAACCCUCCCGCCCUCUCGCACUGCCGAUCCGGCAGCCCUUCAGCCCGCCCUCUCGAGGCCCCUCCGCACGACCCGCCGUCCGGCCAAAGCGCUCGCCGGCAACACCCGCCCUCUCCGAGCCAGAACUUUCCAUUGUUGCCUCCGACCCCUUCACAUCGCCCGCAUACCGUGCACGCAUCGGCCUCCCUUGCCUCGAGAUUUCCUUCUCCGACGUCGCAGCUGGCAAGCUGCCCGCCCCAGGUUCGACCAAACCGCCUGAAGAAGGUGACGAUGAGGUUGAGCUGUACGACAUUGUCGUGAUCUCGUUCGCGCUGCACCUUGUCGAGUCGCCCUCCGAGCUGUGGGCCUUACUGGCGGAGCUAGGGAAGCGAGCGCGAUGGCUUGUCAUCACGGCACCUCACAAGAAGCCUGAGAUCAAGUCAUCGUGGGGAUGGCGACGGUGGGAUCCGUCAGCAGCAUGGCGUCCUGCGGAAGGACGAGGGAAUGUCGGCGGAGUUGAGGGAGACGGGUACGAGAUUGUGCUCGACCGCGUCCGACUACGGCUGUAUCGAAGCGAGGCGAACUGGGAUGGCGAGUAG